CCGCUGUCAGUACUCCCGAGACCAUAGGCCCGUGCCAUCGCGAGAUUCUGUGCUCGCCACUUGGCAUAAAGUUGUCGCGCAAAAGAAAAUAAGGCGACAUAAAAAAUUAGAAAAUUAUCACAACGAAGAAGCCCGAGAAAGAUAAUCGACAAGUAAAAGAUAAGAAACAAUGAAGAUCUUGACUAUGAUUCAUCAGUACCAUUGAGAGGACAUUAUAAAUGACAGAAAAAACAAAACUCUAUGAUUUCUUUUAAAAUCAAAGAAUCCUUAUAGAACUCCAGAUCAGAUCUCUAUUCCACCUUGUCCAGAUGGUCAGUGACUCGUAGCAGAAGACGACGUGAUCACCUUGAUUCCUCGAAGGGUUUGCUGGUCCUUCUGGAUGUCCUAGUAAAUGAAGACUGAUAGCAGCGAAGAAGUCAGGACUCCAUUGGUCGUUCCUUGUACCAGGAGAGAUCCCUGACACAUUCAGAGGAUCGAUCAGGAUCCAAGAGUGUAUUUACUCGAAGCCAACGCUCCAGUGACAGUGGGAAUUUAUCGGGAAGCGAAGGACCUUCGCGAAGUGUCUGUGAGGAAGUGUGAAGUGGUUGAUGCUGUACUGUAUCUCUUGAUGACCGAGAGGAGCAUCCGUUACACACACUGAAUCAGCUUUUUGUCUCUGGCACAUCUCAUUGGAGGAGUCAGCCAUAAGGAAAGGAAGGAAGCUUUUUGUCUCGGGAUUUUAACUCAUUUCACAUCAUCCCCCCACCUAUGCCCUCUACUUCCAAAAUGACGUAAGCAUCGCAGUAAUUCCUCACCGCGCGCGAAAAACCGCGUCAUCGUAAUAAGUAAUUAUUUAAUUGGUAUCCGAAUACGCGCGUUGUGCAACAAUAAUCGCGACGGUCGUUUAGUCUUUGCGUGAACAUAUCGCGAGUGCCGAAGGAUGAACUGGACCAGUGGACUAUUCACAUGAAAAAUUAAGAUCCUCUGGUCGGUGCUCGGGUCACGCAGAGCGGGGUUGAACGCGAAUCGCAAAACAGGGAGUGGAAGUGAGAAAGAACAAUAGAGAGUACAGGUGAACGGAUGGAGUAAGAAGGUCGGUGUCAAUGUCGAUGAUGUCCGAACGCACUCUGGCUUAAGUACACGUAAGUGGCUUCGUGAGUAGCGAGAACGGGUGGCGGACCGAAUUUUAUAGUGGAACCACGGCGAGAGAGGGACGUAAGAGCGAAAUCGGCCAGGAUCGCCUGUUAUGAACGGGCCCGAAGGGACGCAGGAAGAUGCCCGCGGUUCAGCGCUCGGACUCUUUGAGAUCCGCUCCUGAGGGUGGCGACACCUUAUCGGCGUGCAACCCUCCUACGCAAACGAACUCGCUACCCCCGAUACUGUCCGCGAGCUCCGCGAAUACCGGUGCUGCCUCUGGUGGCAAACCUGCUGAACGAAGUGUUUCCUUCAAUCGAGAUGUCCACGUCAAGAGGAUCGGACGCGGCACACCACGAGUCAGCGCGGCCCUCGUCGGUGAUGGAGAAGGCAGGCUGAUAGCGACACCAGUUCGCAAGGAGCGAAUAACGUCGCGCAGCAAGGAGGACCUGGCACAGGAAGCUGCCCUUGUGCUGCAACAAGUGGGCAGCCUGCGCUGCGUCGCCCACGACGGGAAGGUACUGCCAGGAAAGUUCAGCACGCUACCGGCACGACGUAACAAAAAGCGUCCAGAACUUCCGUUAGAUGUGAGAAGAAAGAGCGAGGAGAUUGGCGCCACCACCGAGGACCUGGUCGAUCUUCCGAAACCGAAGAAAAAGGCAUUGGAACGCAGCGCCAGUGACGCAAGCGCUAAGAAAAAUAAAAGUCCGUUCUCAAAGUUCUUCUCGCCGAAAUUGGAAAGAAAGGCAGGCAAGCUCGUACGUAGAAGUGCCAGCGACGCCGGAAGUGGCACCACGAACAGCAGUAGAUCGCAGAGGAAACGAAGCGGAAGCGAAAGCGAGGGAUCUCAUUUGAGUGCGAACAGAGCGAAAAAGCAACUUUCGCCGAUAAUCGAAGCUUCUCCGUACGUGGACAAGAAUCAACCCUUCAACUUCGUAGACAAAUCGGAGGCCAAGAAGUCAAAGCAGGAAGGAACUAAGCAGGACAAGGUUCAAGAGGACGUAAAACAGGAAGCCACGAAAGACACGCAGAUCCCUAAGGUGGAUAAGAAGGAAGAGAGUCCUGUGAAAAAUACUGAGGUCGAUCAGGUCGACGAGUCAGGCUCCAAUAUGCUGCAUAGCAGUAGGUACGAGCAGCACGGCGAAGAAUCGACAAUUCACAAAAUGAUUCACAGAUUAACCAAUGACCGUUCACCGCCGCCACAACUGACCAGGACUAUGGUCUCGCCCGGACCUGGUUUCGGUCACAAUAAUAACAGACCAUUUUCAUAUACAAGGCCCAACGAGUCCAGUCCACCGCCUCCACAAACAGGCGUGAUCUACGCGCAAGUUCAGCUCGACAAGAAGAAAGCUCAGAGGAGUCAUUCGGACAGUGACGAAGGCUUGGGUCUAGAACGCAAGGACUCAUCCAGGGAGAACAGUCCGGCUGAGAAAGAGUAUCGACGAGCCGACUAUUCCUACAGCAGCGAGCUCAGGCGCAACAACGAGAUCAACAACUUGAAGUCUCGCUAUGACGAAGAUCGCAAGAAUAUCACUCACUUUGGUGACUUCGCACCGAAGACCGAGACGAAGAGAAUGCAUGAUUUCGAUGACAUCGAUCGCAAUCUCUUCGGGAAACCUGAGAAAUAUACUUCCACCGUGUUCGUCGAUACGUCGGGUCGUGGACGUGCCGACGGUAUGGACUCCAGACGUAACAACCCCGUCGAGUUCCCAAUCAGAGCGAACGAUCGUGGAAUCUCGAACAAGACCACCGAACUGAGCGCAAGGCGCGACUUACUUGAGUCGAGGAUCAAGUCGAGACUCUUGGCUGACGAGAUGUUCGCUGCGAAGAACAAUACCAGUAUACCGAAGAAAAGUGAGCAUGAGAUAAUAGAUAAGCCCAUAGUACCGUCACCAGUCACUCCUAAUCGGGUGGCAUCGCCAAAACGGUACACCGACACUUACAUCACGGAAACACGUACCAAUAGUAACGGUGAGAAAUAUAUAUUCGAGAAGGAGAUUCACGAGGAUAAUGGCAAGGUCUAUGGAUACGAGAAGAAAAUCACUAAUAAGAUACCUACGGACGGAUACAUUGACGCUAAGCCACGUGAUGGUUAUACCGUGGAGACAAGGACAGAUAAGUACGGCGACAAGUACCUGGUAGAGACCCGUACACACGAGAGCUACACCGACGACUUCAAGCCCUUCCUCAGCGACAGGAGUAGGACCAGUCCCGAGGAGAGAUUCCAGGCCGCCAGGACCUCGGGCAGUCCUCACAAGUCCACUGGAUACCUCGUGGAUGAUACGAAUACUCACGUCAGAUCCGAUAACAAGGACAUCAUCUCGUCGCCGAUCAUCCCUAAGAAGUUCAACGAGCACAAAUUCUCAAAGAGCGAUGAUUUCCUGGACCGUGAACCUAAGACUAGCAGGGACAAUUACUUGCCCAAGUCGAAGAAGAAUUUUGAGUCGGUCCGUGGUAUGAGCAAGUCUACCCAAAGACUCGACGAGGUCGGUGAAAAUGCCAGAGUUCGCGCAUUGAGAUCGGAGUACAUCACUAGAUCCCAUGAGAAUCUUAGUACAGCUGAUUACGUCAACACCAGGGACAUUAGGCGCACAUUGGGCAGUCCAGCCUUACAUCCACGUAGGGACAGAUCGCCUUUCGUCAAGCGUCAUCUGGAUGAUCUUCGGGAGAGAGCCAACGACGACUACGACACGGAUAUAUCGCAGAUGACGAAUAGCCAGCUGGAGUCGAAGUAUUACAAGGAGAGUCGCAGCACUCAGAGGUACUCGAGCAAGCAUGCUCCUCAGGAUGACUACGACAGUUCACCUCCCAGGAUGCGUCCUGAACGUGGUUACAACUCCAGCAGAUACGACUCCGACACGACAGCACGUGACUCGAUACGUGGCGAAGCACGUUACCCUGAAGAAUCUUCCAGAACAAUGAGAAAGGACAAUCGUAAAUUGGAGGACGAGCCUAAAAAGCCAUUGAGAAGAUCACGCAAUCAUCUGGACUACUUCGAUGACUCCGAUGCCCGGGAGAGUCUACGCGGAAAUACCUUGAAAGGCCGUCUAGAAACCUUCGACGAGAGUCCACCCAGGACGCCUCGAGGCUUCCACGAGAGUAAAGCUCGUCACACUCGUCACGAGACACGUGUACAUUCGGAACGUCGUCACAGGGAGACCAGAGUGAGCGAUCCUGAUCGUAAAGAUCGUCUGGCUGAUUCUGGAAUAGAGAACGACUACCGGCGUGACUCUCAGGAAGUUGACAGGAGGGAACCGUUGGAGUCGGAGGACGAAGGUAUCGUCACGAUGCAAUUUAUAAGGAACGAACGUCGUCACACGGAUCGUAACAUGAACCUGAGUCCAACGGAGAAGCGUAGAUACGACAAAUACGUGAACGGCUCGAAGCCACUGACCUCAAAACCGCCCUCGGGCCUAGACAAGAAGUACGAGAAGAAAGUGACAAAGAAGAGCGGCACCAUGAGCAAAGUGAAGCAACUCUUCAGCAAGAAAGAGAAGAAAGUGAAGGAGGAGAAGAGCAAGAAGAGCAUGAGAAGCAGCAGCAGCGGUGCUCUAACGGACGAUGAAGUCACCACGAGGUAUAGGGAGUACCGUGGAGAUCAAUUGAGAAGUGCCAAGAGUGCGAGGGACCUGGAGAGCGACAUCAACCAGGUGAGCAAAUCUUCUAGCCUUAGUCUGACCUCGGUGGAGGACUAUAGUCAUCGUAGACGAUUAUCGACACCAAGUGGAAGUCCCAGUCCUCCUCGAGCCGCAAGGUUAUCGAGAUCGACGGGCACCUUAACCAGGGAGGAGGAACCAUUUUGUGAAUCUAAGAACACCCUCACCAGGGAUAAUCAGGGACAGGAAGCCGAGAGGAAGGGCUGGUUUAAAUCGCUCUCCAGGAAGAAUAAGUCCAAUGUAAAAUCCGUCGACAAAAAAGCAAGGAUACCUGAGAGCGAGAUCCUGACUACUGGUACUGAGGACGAGGAGGCCUCUUCGGCACCCGAACGAGUUUCCGUACAGAAGAAUUUACGCUUCUUCGGCGAUACCGAUCAGGAAUCCGUCUCGUCGAACCGCGAGCGCAGAAGUAAACGAACCGACGACCAUGCCAACUCAAGGCAUGAUGUCACGAAUUCGAGUCGCCACACCUCGGGGAUCGCGUCGGCCCCGAGGAAGCCGCCGAGACUCGCAGAAAGCGCUUUGUCGUCCGGAGAGAGUACGACAGGCGACAGCAGUCAGCAGAGUCAGAACUCACAGAGGUCGCAGAGAUCCGUAGUGUAUCUGCACGCUGCCACAGUGGGUGAAAUUCCUGGACCGAACGAGAGACGCAGGGCAGCCAGUCGCGAGGAGUUGAAUCGACCCCUUCAAUCUCACACCAGGACUGUAUCCAGGAGCGUAAGUGUAUUGGCGCCCUGGAAACCAAGGCAUUAUCGAGAACCAUUCGAAAUAAAUUACGAUCAGCAUCAGCAACAAAAGCCGACGGCGACGAUGCGACGUAGACAUCGUAGCCGUGAGACCCUGAGUCGCCGUGGAAAAGAAGCUCGGCGUAGCAAGGACAACCUUUCCAAGACCGGUACGAUCAGUCGCAGUACACUCAAGUCGAAGGACAAGCAGAAGGUGGAUAGGACAGUUUCUACGGAAUCGCUGGCGAAUAAAUCACGAAACGGAAGUUCCAGGACGGAUUUGAGCAGAUCGACUUCAGUGCCACGUGAUCCGAACAAAAGCGCGGGAUGGUUCAAACUGAAGAGCAAGAAAUCCAGGGCCUGAUGGAAAGACCAUUGAACAAUGCUAGUCUUGACUUUCAUAAUUAAUUCGUAAUCGUAAGCGAUCAUUAAUGACGUGUUAAACCACCGUAAUUCGCACUGCGUGUCGAUGCGAUAUGUGCGUCGUUAUGUCUUUCUUCUUUUUCUAUUUUCUAUUCUCUUACAUUCUCUUCCCUCGCCAAACAGUCUUCUUGGUUCUCUAGGAACUCGAAGGCGCCAUGUAAGCGUCAACUGCAAAUAAUUGAUCGACCGUGGAAAUUGAUCUUUUGUAAAAGUGACUACCGUGACGGUAGUGAGAGCCGCAGGCAAGUAACGAAAGUAUAAACUCAUCAGACCGUGACUAUCGGAAUACCCUUUUGAACUACACCUAUACAAUGUCCAUAUAAUUUGUAUAAACUCAUAUGAACACUUACGAUAUAUGGAUAGAUACAGGUGUAAAUUAAUAAGAGGAAAGACAGGGGGAAGACACAAAGGGAAUAGUACGUCCGUCGAUGGAAAAAACUAUUAAAAUUCUGAUGUUCGAAAGUUAAUGUGAUGUUUCACAACUCUUUUGUUAUGAAUCAUACUUGUUCCCAAUCCAUGAAAAAAAAAAAAAUUAGAAGUUUGGCAAGUAGUUGCUGCGUCAAUGACGGGAUUUAAUCCUCGGACGCAGGAACGCAAUUCUGCGCAGAGAAUUUUAAGAGGCAGGAUAACAAAAUAUUUUUAACGUUGCUCAUUAAUUGUUCUAACAUGGUUAUCCAUUUAGUAACUCUGUAAUAGUUUUUAACUUGCGUUCCUGGCCGUUCGAAUGAUUAUGCGAAAUGACAAUGUUCAAAAGGAAGCCUUCUCUCUGCCGAAUUUAUUCGUUUAAAUUUAACGAGUUAGAUGCGAAGGCAUUACGUUUAUGGUAUAUUCGUGUCUUGUCAUUUUUAAAUAUUCAUGUCAUCAGAACGUGUCAGUUUAUUAAGACAACAGGAUAGAGAAAAAAGUACCAACCAGAAUCAGGUACCACAACAAAUUGUGCCUGUAACUACUUCCUGACUGGAUAUUCAUAUCCAAAAGGCAUUUCAUGGAGCCUAAUUCAAAUAAUCGAGGCUGUUACUUUUCUUCUUUUUCUACUUGCCGUGAAUCAGAGUGCCUUUUUCUACUUUUCCUAUAUUUAUACUACUACUAUCCUCGUGAAAGAAAUCAAAAUUACUGGAAAGGAUGUCUUCUUACGUCUAUCUAGUAGAAGAUAAGUGAGUUAUACGUUCUAAACUCUAGAAGAGAGUAAGGGCGACUACACUCUCUAAAUCCUGUAAACUUAAGCGCAUUGCUACUAAAAUGCAGAAAAAUGCAAAGAUACCAAUCUGCAUUGGUAAUUACUGUUUGUCCACUGUUCAUAGCUUUUCAUGGUCUUUCCUUUAUAUAAACGUCAUUGUAAAUACUUGUACUAAUUAUACCUAAUUUUUAAUAUUUUUCCUUUCGAAUUGCUACUACUUCUUGCGUACAAGUUUUCGUCGCUGAUACGUUACUAAUGGCCAUUCAGAUUCUGAAAUCCGCUUGAUCGAUCUGGCGUUGCAAAAUGCCCAACAUUGUUGUACCAAGAGAAAUUACGUAAACGUGCUUACAGAAGUACUUAAUAGCAAAUCUUUGCUAAAUUCCACAGACAAAAAAGAUAUGCGAAAAAAAAUGUACUGUGUGAUGCAGUGUUACUACAGGUAGGCCUGUGCAGCGACGUGAAUGUAAACAACUGCACCACUUCUUGAAUUCCUAAUUGGUGCUAAUUGCGUGUGUGUGUAUAUAUGGACCAUUAGGCUAUACUUGUAUGUAAAUACCAUAUACCAAUAUAUAAAAUUGAAAUAUUGAUAAAUUUAUAUCAUUUAUUAAUCUAACUGAUACCGCUGCUACAUCUAAGAAGAAAAUAUUAAACACAUGGAGGUGUGCAUGCUCCAAAACAUGUUUUAUUUUGUAACACUAUUAAAUAAUUCGAAAUAAAUAAACAUAAUUCCAAA